GCCCUCGAUCUGGGCGAUGGAGGAGGAAGCAAGCGAGGGGGCCGGUUCUUGAGCUUCGUAAUUCCUGUGUCGCCUUCUGAGCUCUCAGUCCGCCGGGUCGCAUGAUCCCUCCAGCCGGAGCUGCUUUUUUUGCCAGCCGCCGCGAGGCCGGUUGAGUUACCGGCAUCCCGGCUGCCACCUCCUAGCCCGACCUAUGAUACAAAAGAUUUUCCGGGGGCUGCACCUGCCUGCCGUUGCCUGAGACAUUUGAAUAACCUUAUCUUGGCUUUGGAUCUCAGAAGAGAACCACUAAGCAGAGACCAGACUCAGUGAGUGAGCAGGUGUUUUGGACAAUGGACUGGUGGAGCCCAUCCCUAUUAUAAAAAUGUCUCAGAGCAAUCGGGAGCUGGUGGUUGACUUUCUCUCCUACAAGCUUUCCCAGAAAGGAUACAGCUGGAGUCAGUUUAGCGAUGUGGACGAGAACAGAACUGAGGCCCCAGAAGGGACUGAAUCAGACAUGGAAACCCCCAGUGCCAUCAAUGGCAACCCAUCCUGGCACCUGGCAGACAGCCCUGCGGUGAAUGUAGCCACUGGCCACAGCAGCAGCUUGGAUGCCCGGGAGGUGAUCCCCAUGGCAGCGGUGAAGCAAGCGCUGAGGGAGGCAGGCGAUGAGUUUGAACUGAGGUACCGGCGGGCAUUCAGCGACCUGACAUCCCAGCUCCACAUCACCCCAGGGACGGCAUAUCAGAGCUUUGAGCAGGUAGUGAACGAACUCUUCCGGGAUGGGGUGAACUGGGGUCGCAUUGUGGCCUUUUUCUCCUUCGGUGGGGCACUGUGCGUGGAAAGCGUAGACAAGGAGAUGCAGGUAUUGGUGAGUCGGAUUGCAGCUUGGAUGGCCACUUACCUGAAUGACCACCUAGAGCCUUGGAUCCAGGAGAACGGCGGCUGGGACACUUUCGUGGAACUCUAUGGGAACAAUGCAGCAGCCGAGAGCCGGAAGGGCCAGGAGCGCUUCAACCGCUGGUUCCUGACGGGCAUGACUGUGGCUGGCGUGCUUCUGCUGGGCUCGCUCUUCAGUCGGAAAUGACCAGACACUGACCACCCACUCACCCGCCCACCGCCAUCCUGCCCUCACCACAGCCCUCCGUCCAGCCACCGUCGCCACCUGGAGAACCACUCACUACAUGCAGUGCACGGCCACCCACACAUCACAGGGUUGGGCCUAGACCUGGUCCCCUCAUUUAGUUUUCUAGAAUUUACCAUGCUUCUGUGAAAGCCGCCUUCCCCGACACCUCAGUUCUCCCGGCCUCAAAGCCCACAAAAUUUCCCCAGAUUCUGUCCCGUGGAAGCUGACAGGUUUGGGGGGAUUGUGACUGGGGGCUGCAGUGCCCUGCCUGAUUGGUGGAACCCCUUGCCCCCUUAGCCUCACUGAGGAUGCUUUCCUGCCAGGGAGCUGGAAAAUUUUCUGACCCUUUUCCCCAGAAAGAGAGACUAGAUUGCCUUCAUUUUGAUGUUUGUGGCCUCGGAAUUGAUCAUUUCCUGUCUCUCCCUCCUCCCGGACCUGGGCUCCCCUUCCAUUUAUCCCCACCCUCCAAGAGCCGCUUAGGGGCCACUUCUGACUAAUUAGGGAUUCAGGCUGCUUGGGAUACAGAAACAAGGACCAGGACCCCCUCCCCACCUCUGGCCUGGCCAAAGUCCCUACCCUCAAUCCCAGUGUCCUAGAGGCCUCUGGCUAGAGGCCAGCCCCACCUGGGAUGGGGGAGCUGUAGCUGCAGGAGGCACCCCAUGCCCAAGCUUGGGUGGCCCUUGCAGUUGAGCACCACCCCAGUUCCCUUCCCCUUCCCCGGCUCCCAUGACCACGACUGAGGGACCGACUGGGCCCAAGAUAGGUGCCCCAGAGCUGUUUAUGGCCUCAGCUGCCUCGCUUCCUGCAAGGAGAUCGUCCUGUGGCACCUUUGCCUUGGGCUGCUGCCCAUGGGGUUCAGGGGCCUCUGCCCAGAGGUGAGGGGGAGCCACGGGGAACAGCUGUGGGAGCCCUGGGGUCUUCCCUACCUCAGGCAGGAAGGGCAGGAAAGAGAGCCUUGUGCGUGGGGUGGAGGUAGGGCUGGCUGGAGGGGCCAGUCCUGUCUGGCCUGAUCGAUUUGUGCCCCACCCCCGUUCAGCCUGGGCAGCCGGGCUGCCAAGGUCAGGGUGGCCUGGCCAGGAGCUCUUCAGGCCUCCCUCUCUCCUCUGCUCCACCCAUGGCCUGUCUCAUCCCUGGGGAUCCUGGCCUAGCCCUGGCCACCCCGGGCUCUCUGCUGUACAUAUUUGAGACUAAUUUUUAUUCCUUGUGAAGAUGAUAUACUAUUUUUGUUAAGCGUGUCUGUAUUUAUGUGUGAGGAGCUGCUGGCUUGCUGUGCGUGUGCACAUGGAGAGCUGGUGCCCAGAGAUUGAACGGCCUGAUGCUCCCUCCCCUGCCGUGGUCCGGGGAAGCCAGCCGGGGAUCCUGGCUCCUGAGGGGCACCUGUCC